AGGAAAUCUCCAAAUACAAAACCAAGUGAAAUCUGGACUCUGGAAGUGUAAUUUGGUUGAAAUUCAACCGCCUCAGUCUCUACCCUUUUCUCUAUAAAUACACUGAUUCUAAAGGUUUUGGAGUGUGUCUCUUUUCAUUCACCGCAUUGUUUCAGAGUUUCGGAAAAACAGAAUCCAUCCAUCAACGGGAGGGCGAGAGGGCGAUUGUGAUUCAGUUCCCCGGUGAUCGAUCCAUUUCUCCGGUGGACGUAAAAUACGUGCUUCUAAGAUGUCACUGAGCCAGAUGAAGAUUAUUGAGUUGGAGGAAGGAUGGGAAUUUAUGCAGAGGGGAAUCACUAAAUUGAAGAAAAUUUUAGAAGGACAACAAGAUUCUUUCAGCUCUGAAGAGUACAUGAUGCUCUACACAACUAUAUAUAACAUGUGCACACAGAAGCCGCCAAAUGAUUACUCACAACAGUUGUAUGAGAAGUACAGGGAAGCAUUUGUAGAAUACAUCAGUUCUACAGUUCUGCCUGCUUUACGAGAGAGGCACGAUGAGUUUAUGUUGAGGGAGUUUGUGAAAAGAUGGGCGAAUCACAAACUUAUGGCUAGGUGGCUCUCACGGUUCUUCCAUUAUCUCGACCGUUAUUUUAUAGCCCGAAGGUCGCUACCUGGACUUCAUGAAGUUGGUCUGAUGUGCUUCCGUGAUCUGAUUUAUCAGGAGUUGAACGGUAAAGCUAGAGAUGCAGUUAUUGUGUUGAUUGAACAAGAGCGUGAGGGUGAGCAGAUUGACAGGGGUCUACUGAAGAAUGUGCUCGACAUAUUUGUUGGAAUUGGUAUGGGGGAGAUGGAGUAUUAUGAGAAUGAUUUUGAAGAAGCUAUGCUUAAAGAUACUGCAGCUUAUUAUUCUCGGAAAGCGUCAAGUUGGAUUGUGGAAGAUUCUUGUCCAGAUUAUAUGUUGAAGGCAGAGGAGUGCUUGAAGAAAGAGAAAGAUAGAGUGUCUCAUUAUCUCCAUGUUCUUAGUGAGACAAAACUUCUAGAGAAAGUGCAAAAUGAAUUGUUAGUUGUAUAUACCAAUCAGUUACUAGAGAAGGAGCAUUCUGGAUGCCGAGUAUUGCUUAGAGAUGAUAAGGUAGAGGAUUUAUCUCGAAUGUAUAGGCUAUUCCAUAGAGUCCCCAAGGGAUUGGAACCUGUUUCAAAUAUGUUUAAGCAGCAUGUCGUUGCUGAAGGCAUGGUCUUGGUGCAACAAGCUGAAGAUACGACAAAUAGCAAGCCUUGCUGUCCUCGUGGGUGCAAGAAAUUUUUGUUCCUGGUAAUUCUACUGGUGUUCCUAUUUGAAGUGUGUGUGUUUUUUAUACAGGCCGAAAGUUCAGGCUCAGGAGAGCAGCAGGUCUUCGUUAGAAAGUUGAUUGAGCUUCACGAUAAGUAUAUGGCUUAUGUUACGAACUGUUUUGCUAAUAACUCUCUCUUUCAUAAGGCUCUCAAGGAGGCAUUUGAGGUCUUCUGCAACAAAAUUGUAUCUGGUUGUUCAAGUGCAGAGCUCCUUGCUUCUUUUUGUGAUAAUAUUCUUAAGAAAGGUGGGAGUGAAAAACUCAGUGAUGAUGAUAUUGAGGAGACCUUGGAUAAGGUGGUCAAGCUUCUCGCUUAUAUUAGUGAUAAAGACCUUUUUGCGGAGUUCUACAGGAAAAAGCUUUCUCGUCGACUGCUCUUCGAUAAAAGUGCCAAUGAUGACCACGAAAGGCUUAUCUUAACAAAGCUAAAGCAACAGUGUGGUGGGCAGUUCACAUCAAAGAUGGAGGGAAUGGUGACAGACUUGACUUUGGCUAGGGAAAAUCAAAACCAUUUUCAAGAAUAUCUCAGCAACAACCCUGCCGCAAGUCCUGGAAUUGAUUUAACUGUCACAGUUCUUACAACUGGGUUCUGGCCUAGUUAUAAAUCUUCUGAUUUGUGUCUCCCUGUGGAAAUGGUGAAGUGUGUAGAAGUGUUCAAGGAAUUCUAUCAGACAAAAACGAAACACAGGAAAUUGACAUGGAUUUAUUCAUUGGGUACGUGUAACAUCAACGGGAAGUUUGAUUCAAAAACCAUUGAACUGAUUCUGGGAACUUAUCAGGCUGCUGUUCUGUUAUUGUUUAAUUCUUCAGAUAGAUUGAGUUACUCAGAAAUCAAGAGUCAGUUAAAUUUGGCUGAUGAUGACUUGAUCAGAUUGCUUCAGUCCCUUUCAUGUGCCAAGUAUAAAAUUCUGAUCAAGGAGCCUAGCAAUAGAACUGUUUCUUCUUCUGAUCAUUUUGAGUUCAACUCCAAGUUCACUGACAGGAUGAGGCGGAUUAGGGUCCCAUUACCUCCUGUGGAUGAAAGGAAAAAGGUAGUCGAGGAUGUGGACAAAGAUAGACGUUAUGCAAUUGAUGCCUGUAUCGUGCGCAUUAUGAAGAGUCGGAAAGUUCUUCCUCAUCAACAACUAGUGUUGGAGUGUGUUGAGCAGUUGAGCCGAAUGUUUAAGCCCGACUUCAAAGCAAUCAAAAAGCGAAUUGAAGAUCUCAUCACUAGAGAUUACUUGGAAAGAGACAAAGAGAACCCGAAUUUGUUCAAGUAUUUAGCCUGAAGCAAUAAUCUGGGUGCUCGGCUGAGGUUUUUUUUGUUCUCUGCACAUCACAUUGAAUACAACUGGCGUCUUAAUAGGGAUAUUGUAGCACAGAUAAUUUUUCUUACUUUUGCCUAGUAGUAGGAACUGUGCCAGUUAUUGGGUAUCACACCUCCUUUAUUUUUCGUCAAGAAGUUGGCGGAAACUUUGCUGUCUUUAUAGUACUUCCUCCAUUUCAAAUGAAAUUAAUUGAAUUGGUGAGAUAUUAUUCAUUUUUCAGUUGCAACCCCUA